AGGUGGCUGGAUGAGAGGAGCUGGAGACCUGUUGGGAGGAGGAUGAGGAAAGACUGGGAACUGGGCAGCCAGAGGUGGGGCUGGGAUGUUGGAGGUCUCCUAAGAGAAGACCCAUGGGAAGCAUCUAGGUAGCACCAUAGCAUUUGAGCACCUCAGUCUCUAAUGUGUUUAUCAUUCCCCAACCCCCUGAGAUAAGGAGGUACUUUCAUCUCCAUUUUCCAUAUGGAGGGACUGAAGCCCAGAGAGGCGACGGCCUGGAUGUUCCAAGGUAUUUAGGCACCUGACUUCCAUUGAGACAGGACCAUUGAGGAUCUGGGCCUCAGUGACUUGUUGAGGUCACACAAGAGGUCUGUAGCAGAACAGGGACUUGAACCCAGGUCCCCCAACUCCUCGCUAGUGCCCUAACCAUUGCACCAUCCAUCUUCUCAGCUGGUAUAGGCCUGAGGGGGAAGGGGAGGCUCAGGAGGUGCAUUGAACAUCCUCUAAUGUGCCACUUUGCCCUGUCAGGUUGGCGUGCCCACCAUGGAGAAAUACCACGUGCUGGAGAUGAUUGGAGAGGGCUCCUUUGGGAGGGUGUACAAGGGGCGCCGGAAAUAUAGCGCCCAGGUGGUGGCGCUGAAGUUCAUCCCCAAAGUCGGGCGAUCGGAGAAGGAGCUGAAGAACCUGCAGCGAGAAAUUGAGAUCAUGAGAGGGCUGCACCAUCCCAACAUCGUCCAGAUGCUCGACAGCUUCGAGACCGACAAGGAGGUAGUGGUGGUGACGGACUACGCGGAAGGGGAGCUUUUCCAGAUCCUGGAAGAUGAUGGGAAUCUGCCAGAGGAGCAGGUUCAGGACAUCGCCUCCCAGCUGGUCUCCGCCCUCUAUUACCUCCACUCCCACCGGAUCCUGCACCGCGACAUGAAGCCCCAGAACAUCCUGCUGGGCAAAGGGGGCAUCAUCAAACUCUGUGACUUCGGGUUCGCUCGCGCCAUGAGCAUCAACACCAUGGUGCUGACGUCCAUCAAGGGCACCCCGCUGUACAUGGCCCCCGAGCUGGUGCAGGAGAGGCCCUACGACCACACGGCCGACCUGUGGGCUGUGGGCUGCAUCCUGUACGAGCUGGUCGUGGGGACGCCUCCCUUCUACACAAACAGCAUCUUCCAGCUGGUCAGCCUCAUCGUCAGGGACCCCAUCAAGUGGCCCAAAGCCAUGAGCCCUUUGUUCAAGAGCUUCCUGCAAGGCCUGUUGAUGAAGGACCCUCGCCAGCGCCUGUCGUGGCCGGAGCUCCUGUGCCAUCCCUUCAUCGCUGGACGGGUCACCAUGAUCGAUGACACGGAGCAACACGGGAUCGCGAACCCCUUCACCAGCAAGCUGCCCCCGGAGCUGCAGGUGCUGAAGGAGAAGCAGGCUCACUCGCUGGCCCCCAGGAGCGGCCAGUCCAAGAUCCUGAGGAAGGCGCGGCAGAAGAUGGCCGAGGAGGCUCGGAGGAAGCUGAAGGCAGACGCGCCGUGGAAAAAGGAGGCAGCCAGAGGAGGUCUGGGGCACAGACCCAAAGCAGCCCCUGGGAAGGCCACUCUCAGGGCUGAGGAGCAGACAGCCCGCGCUCCGGGAUCCCCUCCUGGAGAUAAGACCCAAGCUGUCCUGGGGGAAGAGCCCAACGAGGCAGAGUGGGAGACAACCGAGCCUCCCCCGACGCCACGGGAGCACCGGAUCACACAGGAUUACGAGCGGGAGUUCCCGGAUGUGGAGAUGGGGGCUCCCGUGCCGGCGGGGGGCAGAGAGGCAGGGCCACGCGGCAGGCGCAGCAUUGAGACCGUGGACCUGGAGAACGAGGAACUGGAUAGUGACGACGAAUGGCAGCAACUGAUCGAGGCCACGGAACCCGGCACCAUGCAGCUGAGCACGCCCCUGAGCCUUCUGGGGGACCCGGCCUUCCUGCAGCGCAUCCGGGCCCGGCUCCAGCUCUCCAGCCAGCAGGUGCUGGAGGGGAUGUUGGAGGGAGCGUCUCAUCUCCGCCCUGUCCUCCACGUCCUGGGCAACCUGCUUGCCACCGGGUGUGACUCAGAGCUUCUGUGCAGCUUCUGCCAGGCCGUGGAUUUACCUCAGUUCCUGCUGCACCUGCUCGGGCAAAUGCUGCAGAGCGCCAGCAGCAAGCAGCAGCCCUGGUGCAUCACGCUGCUGACAGACCUGGUUGGUGUGAUAACGGCCUAUUUCACCAGCGAGUCCCACCUGGAGCGGAGCCGGAGGAGGAGAAGCCUGCAGGUUUUCCACGAGGUGGCUGCCGGCUUCCUCUCCCUGCUGCCCAAGCUGCUGGCCCAGCCAAAGGAUGUCGAGAUGAGGCUCCGCGAGCAGAGCAGCAUGUGCUUCACCUGGCUCUGUGAGCGCAUGGACGGCAGCAGCCCCUGUGUGUCAGGACCCUUCUACGCCGGCCUGCUCGCCGAGCAGCGCCCCCUGCUGGACGUGCUCCUCCAGGGGGCCACCAUGGCGCAGCCCGCCCCGGAAGAGCCAGCGCGGGAGCGUGGGGCAGAUGUCUUCACAGCAGCACUGGCUGCAGUCUGCAGUCUCCCUGUGGGGCGGAACGGGUGCCAGGAGGCCAAAAAGCAGGUGGCCCAGCAGGUGGCAGAGAAACUGGCGGAGGAAAACAGCCAGCUGUUAGCGAGGCUGCUGGCGGGACUCGAGCGCCCGGCCUGCUCCCUGAACGUGCUGAAGGUCCUGUACUCCUGCGGCCAUGCCAGUAGAAGCCUGUGCCGGCUCCUGGCAAAGGGGCAGCAGGUGCCGAGCUCCCUGGUCCGGCUGCUGAAGGGCGAGGUCCCGAUGGGGGAGCGGCUGCGGCUGGAAGCCUGCGAGGCGUCGCUGCACCUGCUGGCCCUGCUCACCCUCCAGCUGCAGGCUCUCCCUCCCCGGGUGGACCAGGUGGUGACUGCUGCCGCCGAGCUCUUCACCCAGUCGGCUGUCAUCUCCCUCGUGAGCGCCGCGGGAUUCCUGUUGGCUCAGCUUGGCCAGCACGGGGCGGCCAUCGAGGUGGGGCAGGAGGAGGCCAUGUCGGCCAUGACGAAUGCACUCACUGCGCCUGCCGAGCUGCACCUGCCCCCACCCAUGGGCGCCGGCCUCUACGAUGGAUUCCUGCUUCUCCUGCUGCAGCUCCUCGCCCAGGGCGAUGCGGUGACCGUGCGGGGCUUUGCCGGCUCGGAGCUGUGGAACGUCGCCUGGCACCGUUUCGCCAUGAUGCUUCGCUUGGCCGCCGCCGAGCCAGUGAUGGAGGGUGAGACGCCGCAGCCAGGCCAGCCCGCUCUGGAGCCAGACUGGACUCUCGUCUCCCCUCAAGGCACCGCGCUCUUCCUCAGUCUGGCCCUCUUCGUCUUCACCCGAGAGCCUCACCGGUGCCUUCCUCAGCUCGCCCACCCCGACAGCGUCAUCAUGGCAACCUUGCCCAAGCUGCUGUCCCUCGACUUCCUGAGUCACCUGGCGCAGACGCAGGUGGGGGAGGACGGUGACCCCGAGCUGGUCUCAGCUGUGGUGCUCCAGGCCUGCCAGCUGCUCUGCUUCCCCUUCUCCUUGGAUGUGGACACCGAGACCUCCAGGUGGGUCAUGAAGGCCCUGAGAGACGCCGAGAUCCCUGCCCAUCUCCUCCAGGUCUGCUGCCACCAUCUGCCCUUCUCAGAGACCGCGCUUCCCAUUAGCCUCCUGUGCCACCUCGUGCUGUCCGAUGAGCAGGUCAUCGACCAGUUGGUGGGGGUGGCUGCUGCCUCGGAGCGCACCACCGCCUUCCUGUCGGCCAUCUUGCUUUCGGACAGCCCUCUCCUCACGAUGGACCUGCUGUCCCUCCUGACCCACGUGGCCCGGGCCUGUCCCGCUCACCUGCCUUUCCUCCAGAAGAUCCUGGGCGGCUCGGACUCGGCCUACCAGCUGCUGAGCCACCUGCUGUGCCACCAGGAGCACCCGAUACGCGCCAAGGCCUGCAGCCUGGUGGGCAACCUGCUGCGGCAUGGCCAGGACUUCCCCCGGGCGCUGCGGAGCCAGGCAGGCCUGCUGGAGCGUCUGCUGGAGCGCCUGUCGGACCAGGACGAGAGCGUGCGGAGGUCGGCCAGCUUUGCGGUGGGGAACGCUGCUUUCCAGGACGGCUCCCUCCCGCAUGCCCUGGGGAAAGCUGUGCCCGGCGUGGUGAGGCUUUUGAGCGACCCCCAGGCCAAAACCCGGUGUAAUGCUGCCUCCGCUCUGGGGAACUUGGGCAGGCAGACAGCGGAACUGGGGGACGUGCUGAUCCAGAACAGAGCCCCCCAUCUCCUGCUGGAUGUGGCCUGCCACGACUUCCAGCCAGCUGUGCAGGAGGCAGCACUGAUCGCACUGCGGUCCAUCAGCCAGCAGCCAAAGAUACAUCAGGUGCUCGUGUCUCUCAAGGCCAGCGAGAAGCUGCUGGCACUUUCCGUCAGCGAAGCUCAGACCCGUUCCUACGGGAGCCCCCGACCGUCUUCAGCUCAUCACUGCAAGAAGCUCAUCCACCUUCUGCGCCCAACACACAGUGCCUGAGAACAGCAGGUCUCUGCUCUGGGAGAGACCAUUCCACCCACCUCUUGAGGACGACACUUAGUGCCUGAAUUCAGGGGACACUCCCAUACUCUGUCCAGAAACAGAGGCCACCACUGCCAUCUCCUGAGACCACGCAGUGCCUGAGCUUGGAGUCGGGGGAGACCACCCUGACAACAGUUGGUCAAGAAACAUAUCUGAUAAAGACAGAGAUGGGUGAAAUACGGUGUGUGUGAGAAAGAACCUGGAACAAGUCCUCCUCUUGAUCCAGACCUCCGCUCUCUGAUGAGAGCCUCCUUGCCAGUCCUGAGAAAGAUCAUGCCAGCAACUCCCUUUCCUGUCCUUUCAUAGAGAUCUCUCCAACCCAAAUGUGGUGCCCCCCAAACUUCCUCAGGGACAGACGUUGGUUAAUGCCUCAUCUUGUACUAUCCCCACCCCCACCACACUUCAUUCCAACCCUGUUUCCAGGCUGAAUCCAACCAACCAGGUCUAGCUUCUACUUAGAGGUUCUUCUGACUCCAAGCGCCUUCCGGGGAAGGAGCCUCCAAACCUAAAGAACCCAGCUUUCAAAAAGGGGUCUCAUGCUUACUGAGCUGUGCCUUAUGGUCACCUAGGUUGAGCCAUGCAGGGGAUCCAGCCCCAAGAUCCAGUGUGCCUUUGGCCUCUCCCCAUCUCAAUCUCUCUCCCACCAGAGAAGUGCCCCAUUUCUCCCCAUCCUCCUUGAAAUGAGCUCCAGCAAGAUCAGAUUUAAUUGAACAGAUCCUGCAUGGACUAAACCCAACACCAAGCCUUGAUGGUUCAGGCACUCUUUCCAGGACACAGUCCACAUACUUACCUUCAUCCUGCACUUCCAGAGUUUAACUGCAGGGUCCAGGUGAUACAAGCCAGACUCAGCAUCAGAUUCCCAGCAGAGUUGGAGCUCAUGGUGUGUUCAGGAUUCUGUUCACAGCUGCUGACGGCUUCUCUUCUGUGGUGUGGUUGGGGAUUGUUUCCCUGGCUCAGCUUCAUGAAGACGGGUUCACUUCUCCUGUUAUUCCUGGAGUGUGUGGUGGGGAUUCUACUCUGUGACUCUGACUGAAGUCUGAAGGUUUCUCCUAAUCUAGUGCUCCAUCAUGCUGGGACCCACCGCCUUUGUGGAUGAGAACUGAACAGUCAAGUGCCAUCAGCCGAACCUGCUAGCGUUCCUUAAUCAGCCAGAGGGGUCACGUUUGGGCAAUGCCAGGCACUUCCUCCCUGAGGUUCCAUGUACCACCUCAAUGCUUGUGUGUCCGAACAGACUCAAUCCAAUGGGUUCAUAGUGGUAUUUGGGUGUCCAUAGAAGCCCUUGGCUGGACUUAUCCAGCCUGCAUUUUCUAGCCAUUUGUAGUGACUCUUUUAUAACAGAGACUUUGUGUGACAUUGGUUUGGAGCCACUUUUCUAGAUCUAUUGCAUUGACGUUUGUAAUUUAUUAUAAUAAAUGACUCUUCCCUUCCUGGGCAAGUUUCCCGCUGAGCGUGUGGAUCCCUUAAAGAAAUGAACAGAGCUGGUAUUUGGCGAGUGUGUAAUGGGCCCCAGGGAUCCCAAAGAGCUUUACACUGAAAAGCGUUCCAGAGCAGCGAAAAUCUAGAUCACUGAUACUCUAACCUGUGGCUCCUUGGAGCCCUGCAAGAGUCUACAUAAGAAACCCAAGAAUGGGCAGACUGGGUCAGAUCAAUGGUCCAUCAGCUCAUCUUCCAACAGUGGCCAAUGCCAGGUGCUUCAGAGAAAAUGAUCAAAACAGGCAGUCAUAGAGUGAUCCAUGUCAUCUCCCAGCUUCUGGCAGUCUGGUGUUUAGGGACACCCAGAGCAGGGGGUUUGUC